GUGGCAGGGGGAGUACCAGAAUGGAGGGCACCUGCUGGUACUGCAAGAAGGUCGGGCAUCCUUGGUUCAAGUGCUUCAGCAGGCCGGAGGGAUGGGCACCUCCAGGCAUGAAGCCGCCCAGUGGUGAACGCGCACAAGGUGGUGCUGUGCAAGGCUCAGGUGCACAAGGUGAAGGUGCACAAGGUAAUGCCUAUCCUGGGAUGUUUCUCAUGGUUGAGGAUGUGCAUGGGCAUGAGGGUGAUGUGGGAUCUGUGGGAAAGAAGAGCAAGGCCGAAGUGACCUUUGGACCAACCAGCUGUCGUGCUAAGCUUGGGAAGAAGGUGCUGUGGAGUCUGGAAGAGGAGACCAGCUGCAUCAAGGACCUGUGGCAGCUGCCAUC